AUGGAAAGGUUAGCAGUUUUAGCUCUUUCAUUCAAUCAACUAAAGUUUUCGCCAACAACCACUUGGAAUUCUAAUGGAAUUACUUUUGCUAAUCAAUCGAUUGCUGGUAAUAAUCCUAUCGGCAUUUUUGUAAGCACAAACAACACAAUCUAUGUUGCUCAUCGAGAAAAUAACACAAUUGCAAUAUGGCAAGAAGAGAAUGUGAAUCCAACAAACAUCAUUUUCGGUAAUUUUACAACACCCAAUUCGCUUUUUGUGACAUCAAAUGAUGAUAUUUAUAUUGAUGAUGGUGCUGAGAAUGGUCGAGUGCAGAAAUGGGUAGCAAAAACAAAUAACUUUGUCGUAGUGAUGAGUGUCAACUCAUCGUGCUGGGGUUUGUUUAUCGAUAUCCAUGAUAUUCUUUACUGUUCAAUGCCUAAUCACCAACAAGUAGUGAAAAGAUCAUUAAAUGAUCCUGCAAUGACUUCAAAUCGUAUUGCUGCUGGAACAGGUAUUGAAGGAUCCGCCUCGAAUCAACUUGAAAGUCCUCGUGGAAUCUUUGUCGAUGUGAACUUGGAUUUAUAUGUAGCAGAUUAUACAAAUGAUCGAGUUCAGUUGUUCCAGUCAGGAGAAUUAAAUGGUAUUACAGUAGCUGGAUAUACAUCACUAAGUCCAACAGUUACACUUCUUCGUCCAAGUGGAAUUAUAUUAGAUGCUGAGAAAUAUUUAUUCAUUGUGGAUCAGAAUAAUCAUCGAAUUGUUGGUUCAAGCUUGAAUGGUUUUCGUUGUUUAGUUGGAUGUUAUGGAAGAGGUCCCCAUUCCAACCAAUUGUUUUUGCCAGCUAGUUUUAGUUUCGAUCGCUCUGGAAACAUAUUUGUUACUGACCAAGUAAAUCAUCGAGUUCAAAAAUUUUUACUGAUGAAAGAUUCUUUUGCUCUUUCAUUCAAUCAAUUAAAGUUUUGUCCAACAACCAUUUGGAAUUCUAAAGGAAUUACUCUUGCUGAUCGAUCGAUUGCUGGUGAAUAUCCUGGUGCCAUAUUUGUGAGCACUAACAACACAAUCUAUGUCGCUAAUCAAGAAAAUAAGUCAAUUGUAAUGUGGCAAGAAGGGAGUCUCAAUCCAACACAGAUCAUUCCUGGUAAUUUUACAAAACCCUCCUCUCUCUUUGUGACAUCGAAUGGUGAUAUUUAUGUUGAUGAUGGUUUUGAGAAUGGUCGAGUGCAGAAAUGGAUGAUAGAAACAAGUACCUUUGUCGUAGUAAUGAAUGUCAACUCAUCAUGUUGGGGUUUGUUUGUUGAUAUCAACGAUACUCUUUAUUGUUCAAUGAAUAGACAUCAUCAAGUAGUAAAAAGAUCAUUAAAUGAUCCUGCAAUGACUUCAAAUCGUAUUGCUGCUGGAACAGGUAUUGAAGGAUCCGCCUCGAAUCAACUCUAUAGUCCUGGUGGAAUCUUUGUCGAUGUGAACUUGGAUUUAUAUGUAGCAGAUUGUAGAAAUAAUCGAGUUCAGUUGUUCCAGUCAGGAGAAUUAAAUGGUAUUACAGUAGCUGGAAGUAAAUCAGAAAAUCCAACACUUACACUUUUUGAUCCGAGUGGAAUUAUAUUAGAUGCUGAGAAAUAUUUAUUCAUUGUGGAUCAGUAUAAUCAUCGAAUUGUUGGUUCAGGAUUGAAUGGUUUUCGUUGUUUAGUUGGAUGUUAUGGAAGUGGUCCCCAUUCCAAUCAAUUGUUCUAUCCAUUUAGUUUGAGUUUUGAUCGUUCUGGAAACAUGCUUGUUAUUGAUCAAGGAAACACUCGAAUUCAAAAAUUUAAUUAUUUAAAAAAAUCUUGUUCCAAUAGUUCCUCGCUUCUUCAAAAGAUUUAUUCAGCAUCAUUGACUAAGAACAAUCAAAUUUAUUACCGAGAUUGUGACAAACGAAACUUUUAUUACGAAUCUAUUCAAUUAAAGGUGACUGAAAGUGGUUAUUACACUUUUCGUAGUAGUGGUGACAUCGAUCCGUACGGAUCUAUUUACAAAAACAAAUUUAAUCCACUUGACCCGUCAAAGAACUUGCUUAAAACAGAUGACGACAGCGGUUCUAAUACUCAGUUCAAACUUGAUAUUCAUCUUGAUGUUGGCAUGACAUAUGUAUUGGUUGUGACAACAUAUGAAUCAAAAGAAACUGAAAAUUUUUCGAUCGUUGUACUGGGUCCAAACAAAGUUAUUCUCCAACGUCUUAGUACUCCAGUAAAUAUUCAAUUAAGAUAUUCAUUAAAAUUAACUGAAGAUAGUCCAACAUAUUAUCGAGAUUGUCAAGUACCGCAAUGCCAUUAUGAAACUUUACAAAUUCAUGUUAAUACAACGGGUCCAGAACAAAGUAGUUGUGUGAUCGGUGAUCAAUGUAACUUUUACAUCAAAGGGAUUGGUUUGACACUCGAUGAUAUUUUACACGAUGAACUUCAACCAAAUACAGUGUUGAACAAUCAGCCAUUUUCGAUCAAAUUAAGUGCGGGAUUAACAAUAAUUAUGUUUGUCGCAGGAUUAAUCAAUAGUAUUCUUUCUUUUAUCACAUUCCAAAGUAAAGAUUCUCAACAAGUUGGAUGUGGAAUGUAUCUAUUAGCAUCAUCGAUUACUUCUCUUUUGGCAAUUAGUAUGUUCAUAAUCAAAUUCUGGUUUGUUGUUCUUACUCAUAUCAAUGUAUCCACUAGUCUACCUGUUCUUCGUGGAGGUUGUGCAUCUAUUGAGUCGAUCCUAAAACUUUUUCUUUACUUGGAUGGUUGGCUUAAUGCUUGUGUAGCAGUUGAACGAGCAGUACUUAUGUUUAAAGGCGUAAACUUUGACAAGAAAAAGAGCAAAUCUAUAGCUCGACGAGCAAUUCUUAUUUUACCAUUCUGUAUUUUCGGUACACUUAUUCACGAGUUCGUCUUUCGUCGAUUGUUCGAAUAUGAAACAGCACCCGAUACGACAGAUAUGAGUAAGACUAAUGAAGAUACAAUCAAGCGAUAUGUCUCAUGUAUCACUCAUUAUUCUCCUUCUGUCCAAGAUUACAAUACAGCCGUUCUAUUUUUUCAUCUUGUUGGUCCAUUUAUUGUCAACCUUCUCUCUGCAUUGUUCAUCAUCUUUGGAGGUGCUCAACAACGAUCAACGGCACGAACUAAUCAGAGUUUUAAAGAACAUGUUCAAGAACAAUUCAGUAAAAAUAAACAAUUGAUCAUCAGUCCAAUAGUUUUACUCGUUUUAUCAAUACCUCGUCUCAUCAUUUCAUUACUUCCUGGUUGUGCGAAAACAUCUGAGAACUUGUGGUUGUAUCUUGGGCCAAUUAUAUAUGAAAGCGUUUAA